UUUGGUUUUGAGAGUCGUUUUUUUUUUGUGUUUUUGGUUGUUCGCUUGCUCCGCGGUUUCCAGGUGCUCCGCUUUUUAUGGCCCGCUCUUAAUCUUAUCGCAAAUCAAACCGCGGGCAAUGAGAAUUGUAAUUGCAUUUUUUGGCUAACGGUAACGGUUUCGCACAGUGGGCUUAAACGGCGAUUGACAUUGAAUCGAAUCCGUUUAACCAAAAUCCGAAUUUCGAGUUCUUGGGGUGAAUAAACAACAAAAAAAAAAGAAGAAAAAUGCCCGUGAAGACGGUGAAUCGUCAGCAGAGCCAAACGCCCGCCCAACAACUGCAAAUGCAGCAGCAGCGGGACGUGGAAAAUGGCCUUUAUCCCACGAUUCCGCCCGAGCGCCGCUCGCCCCCCUCCCGCCCGCAGACGCUGCGACAGGACACCAUCGAUAUGGAGGAAAUACCGCUCAAUCAGACCAGCGCCCAGGAGCCCGAGGAUCGUCGCAAAAUGCACGAGAUCUUCGACAAGCACGACUCCGACAGGGAUGGACUGAUCAGCACGCACGAGCUGAAGGAGCUGAUCUCGGAUGGCUACUGCCGGGACAUUCCCGCCUACAUCGCCGAGCAGAUCCUGAAGCGCAGCGAUCAGGACAACGACGGGCACCUGGACUUCGAGGAGUUCUACGCGAUGUCGCUGCGCCACAAGUGGAUGGUGCGCAACAUGCUGACCCGCUACUGCCGCUACGUGGUGCCGCCUCCGAAGCCCUUGGAGGGCGACGAACCGGACGGCGCCUACGAGAAGCAGAUGUCCAUCUGCCCGCCGCCGCUCACCAUGGUCCUCUUCUCGAUCAUCGAGAUCAUCAUGUUCCUGGUGGACGUCAUUCACUUUCAGGACGAUCCCAACUACCAGGAUCGCAUUGGCGAGAGCACCAGCGGACCGGCGGCCACGCUGUUCAUCUACAAUCCCUACAAGCGCUACGAGGGAUGGCGCUUCGUGAGCUACAUGUUCGUCCACGUGGGCAUCAUGCAUCUGAUGAUGAAUCUGAUCAUCCAGAUCUUCCUGGGCAUCGCCCUGGAGCUGGUGCAUCACUGGUGGCGCGUGGGUCUGGUCUACUUGGCUGGUGUCUUGGCCGGAUCCAUGGGCACCUCGCUCACCAGUCCCCGCAUCUUUCUGGCGGGUGCUUCGGGUGGUGUCUAUGCACUAAUCACGGCGCACAUUGCUACGAUUAUUAUGAACUACUCGGAGAUGGAGUACGCCAUCGUUCAGCUGCUGGCCUUCCUGGUUUUCUGCUUCACCGAUUUGGGCACCUCGGUCUACCGCCACCUGACCGACCAGCACGACCAGAUUGGCUAUGUGGCGCACUUGUCCGGCGCCGUCGCCGGAUUGCUGGUGGGGAUCGGGGUGCUGCGCAACCUGGAGGUGCGGCGCUGGGAGCGCAUCCUCUGGUGGGUGGCCGUCAUCGUUUAUUUCGCUUUGAUGACCACCGGGAUCAUCAUCCAUGUGUUUGUGCCCGACUACUUCCCGAAACAGGAGUACAACUAGCCCUAGAACUUAGCCGUAGCCCUAGCCCUAGCCUAGACCAUGUCCAAAGUGCACUUCGAUGUU